AUUUCGCAAACGCCAGGGAAAGGAAACUUUGGGGAAACUGAAAGUAGCGAGGACGGGAAGCACCCACGGAGCACACAGCGUCCCCGGGGCCUGAGGAAUCCGCUCUGUGUAGGGACCAUGAGCCGCACUUCCCAGCGCUUGUUCGCCGGCCCCCACGCCGGAGUCCCCGCGUCCUACGAGAUGCUCAAGGAGGAGCACGAGGUGGCCGUGCUGGGGGCUCCCCAGAUCUCAGCGCCCGUGGUGUCCACCGUGGUCAACAUCCAGCCUGAGACGGCCGUGCCCGACCACAUCGUCUGGUCCCUGUUCAACACGCUCUUCUUCAACGUCUGCUGCCUGGGCUUCGUGGCGUUCGCCUACUCCGUGAAGUCCAGGGACCGGAAGAUGGUGGGCGACAUGACGGGGGCCCGGAGCUACGCGUCCACCGCCAAGUCCCUGAACAUCGCGGCCCUGGUCCUGGGCCUCCUCAUCAUAUUUGGUGUCAUCACUGCUGCCAUCACCCGUGCUAUCAUUUCUGUUACUUGACUGGCUCACUGAUAAUGUGGAAGAAACUUUGAUGUCACCAAGAGUGAGGAGGCUUCUGGUGGCUGCCCAUAGACUGAGGCUGUCACCUCUUCACAGCUGUUCAUGCACACGUGUCCACAACCGAGUGCAAUAAAGGACAUGCACCUGA